AUGCCCAAGGCCAAAAAGAUUGACCCCAAACAGGGUCGCACAGCAGCCCCAUCACCAAACCCCCCCACCAUCCCCAACUGGCCACCCCUCCGACCCCUCCUCCCCGCGGCAGACCUCAGUCUCGUCCCCCUCGUCCCCGACCAGAUCUACCUGAUCCAGAAUUUCCUAUCCAGCUCCCUAUGCAAAACCUAUGCAUCGUUUCUCGCCUCCCUGCCACUGACCACCACGCCCGGGAAACCGAAGAAGGAUGAGGCGGUGCGCGUGAACGAUCGCUUCCAGGUGCAGGAUGCGCGGUUCGCAGAGAUGCUGUGGAGUGGGACUGCGCUGAAGGAGCUGGCUACGUCGAGGUUUGCAGAAGAUAACGAGGAGCUUUACUAUAAUGAGGACGGGGAGUAUGAGGCUCCGUCGGCGGAGGAGUUGGCGGAAAAGGCGAGGGAGGUUUGGGGUGGGCAGCCGUUGGGAUUGAAUCCGAAUAUAAGGAUUUAUCGUUAUUCGGCGGGGCAAUUUUUUGCGCAGCAUUAUGAUGAGUCCAAUUCGUUGACUUUCUUGCCUCACUCUGCUACGAAGGCUCUCCCCGCGCGCACUACAUGGACUCUUCUCAUUUAUCUGACCACUUGUUCUGGUGGCGAGACGGUCUUUUAUCCCGAACCGACACGUGCAGAUCGAAAUCCGGAGCCGAUAUCUGUGGCGCCGGAGAUUGGGAUGGCACUCUUGCAUCGACAUGGAGACCAUUGUAUGCUACACGAGGGAAUGGAAGUGACAGGAGGAGAGAAGUGGGUGCUGCGAAGUGACUUGGUUGUUGCAAGGUGA